UCGGGGGAGAAAAAGAUACGGAUACGUGUUGUCCCCCUUCGUUUUCGGCCUUUCCUGGUCUUCCUGGGGAAUCCUCGUUGUCACCGCUGGAUUCGCCUCGAAAUUCUGGUCAGAACGCACCCCAAAAGAGGUCCGGGGACAACGCGUAUCCGUAUUUCCCCCCCCCCCCCCCCCAAUCCUGAGCCUGGGGGGGGCGCUACUUGGGCCGAGCACGAUCGAGCCCUCGCCGUUCAGGCUCAAGGCUCAGGCUACGAUCGCGGCUGCUGCCGCUCGCUGCGAGCGCGGCUUUUCGGACAUCCGCCGCGCCCGCAGGCAGUUUCAUCCGGAUCGACUCCCUCGGUGGAAAGAAUUGGGCGGCGACGCCAUCAACGCGGUGCAGUCCACCCGGGCGCCAGCGGCAACGUGUGCGUCACCCAGUGGUCCCAGGUUUUGGACCCCCUUGGCACGCAUGCGGCGACGGUCGUAAGGCACCGGCAGCUAUCCGACUUGCUGGAUAAAUUCGACGAGAAGUUCUUAGGCGAGUUGAAGGGGCAUCAGGUGACGGCAUGGGCGCCCUUCGACACCGAAGCGCUCAACAGGAUUUUGUCCAGCUUUUUCCGCAGGGCCCCAGAAGACAUUCCGUCCUCGCUGAUCCUCCUCGUGCCUCUCCCGUUCUUCCCUGGGGUGUCCUCGGUGGCGCAGUUCUCGGACCUGUGGGGUCACGCCCUCUUCGGGGAGAAGCACGCCGUCAAGAACACUGUCAAAAACAUCAGCCUCUUUCCGCAGCCGAUGGAAAUCGUACUCCCAGGGCUGCGAGGGCCACGACAUGUGUACGUCGAGGGCUUGCGUGCUUCCGCACUGCACGCUCGGGUACGCGGACGCCCCUCGCGAUCGCCCUCCCUCGCGCGCCCUUGCUCCAGGUUCCCAGUUCCGCGAGCAUCAUCGUGGACACUCACCGACGGACCUGAUCCCGACCCUCAUGAGCAAUCUGGCCACCACGGAAUUCCGCGAGUUGCAGCUCCGGGGACCUGAUGUGAGCGUCGGCGUCACCGUGGAGCCCCCCAGGGCAUCGGUUGAAAUGCUCCUGCCGCAUGGCUUCUCCCUGGUUGGGACGGAGAUCCUGAUCAGGAGGAUGAGCCGUUUGGUGCUCUCCCCCGAGAUGCCCAUCGGGAACGAGGAUCUCUACAUUGCGGACGAUGUCCUGAUUCUCGAGUGCCUCUCGCCGGCGGUGAUGUCCAAGGCCGGCCUGUUGCGCUCCGAAAUUCUGUUCUUCUCACCGGAGAACUUUUUGAUCCGGACCGAGGCGUCUGCCGACAACUGGGUGGAGUUGAUGGAACAACUAUGCGGGGAGGGGGAGCGUACUAUCAUCACGAAGCUCGGGUUUCAAGCAAACCUGUUCUGUGGGCGCCCGUUUGCUUUACCUUUACCCUGUGCCACUGCCAUUGCUAUGGCGGCAUCUCGGCGCCGCCGUGGAAAGGCUGGAUGCGUGCCUCAGCUGAUGGACUUUGCGGCGCAGGUCAGGAUCAACGGCGAGCCUGGGCUCCAGGACAAGCUCAUCAUCGACAAGAUCAUGGCCCAUGUCUGCAGCAGCUCUGGCAAUGCUCUGACUGCCUACUCCGAACACUCCAACGUGCCCUCCGGGUUUUGGCAGCACCUCGCCUCCUAUGAUCCGGCGGCCCCUCCUGGGCGAGCUCGCCUUAGUCUUGGGCAGCUAGGAAGAAGUCGCGAAAGUUCAUGGUGCCCUUCAUGGCCAGGUUAUCCAAGUUGGGAGCGACUGGUUGUCGAUCGCCGUGCACAGCGACCUGAUGGAUGCACGACCCCUGGUGGGAAAUGGGGUCCGGGUGCCUUAAGCGAUCCCCGGGCACCCGGCACGGCGGCGGAUUGCCAUUGCAUGUGUUUUGGAAUUCAAACUAUUGAAUUGGAUGGUUCUGCCUAUUGGCUGCUGGGCCUCGACAUCUCCCUCCGCUGCUUCCCUGGUCAGCCGAGUGCUUUGCUCCAGGGCCCCGUGGUCGACAAUGGCAGGAACAUCAGCACUGCGGAUUCGUCUUCCUUCCACGCGUCGCGCUUUCUCCAUAUAUUCCUCUUCUAUGCGGCGGCUUCCCUACAAUAUUCUUCGGCUUCGUCCUUAUAUGCCCGCUCUUCCACUCCAUCUUCUCCCAGGUGCUCUACACGACGAUGCAGGUAAUCAUUGCGAUCGCGAUGUGCCUGUUCAUAUCUUUCGUCGGCAAGCUGUGUUGCGCUCGGUGGGCGCUUCUCCUCAGAGCGGAGGGCGGCAUGCGGAUCUUCGAGGUGAUCAUCCUUUGGUCGGUGAUGCUGUCCCGCGCGGGCGCGGAGGCGUACGCCGCCUGGGACUCCCGGUCCCGCGUGCUCCUGGACAGUGCACUGGCAAGCUCUCCUUGGUUUUUUGGAAUGCUCAGGCGCUUUUCGCAUUGGAUCCGGCUCGCCAGAGGGGCAAGACAAAGUUCGUGCGUUGGCCCAUGGUUUCCCAUGAUAUUGGCUGCUGGUCGGAAUCCCACGGCACGAAUGACACGG